CGAGGGUUCAGCAGUGAAAAGACCAGCAGGCAGGCCUUGUAUAGUUUAGCAGGGAAGGUCUACAUCCCUGAAACGAUAACUCAAUAGCUUAUUGCAGGUGAUGAACGUGUAAGGAAGAGGACAAGGUGACAGAUAUACUGCCUAGUUGGAAGCUGAGGCCCAGGAAAGGUCAAGGAAUAGCCUUGGGGAGCACAAACUGCGCGGUCACCUGCGCGAUGGCGCACUAGGUCCGCGGGCCUCUUAGGUGGGGGAGCGGAGGCGGGACCGUGUUCCCGGCGUUCUCUUGCCCCGCCCACCCCGCCGCGCCGCCAGAAGGCAGAGCGGAGAAGGGGUGGCACGUGAACGGGGCGGGGCGGAGCAGAACGCGCGCGCCUGAGGCUGAGUUUCCGGUCGGAGGCCUUUGCCCAGCGCCCCGCGUCCCUGAGGGGCGGCGGCGCUGGCGGCGGCGGAGGCAGCGGGGGGAUCCGGAAGUCAACACCAUGUCGAGUCUGCACAAGAGCCGGAUUGCAGAUUUCCAGGAUGUCCUGAAGGAGCCCACGAUUGCCUUGGAAAAGCUUCAGGAACUCAGUUUUAGCGGCAUCCCCUGUGAGGGCGGACUGCGGUGCCUCUGCUGGAAGAUUCUCUUGAACUACCUCCCCUUGGAGAGAGCGUCUUGGACCUCCAUCCUGGCCAAGCAGAGGGAGCUGUAUUCUCAGUUCCUGAGGGAAAUGAUCAUCCAGCCUGGCAUCGCCAAGGCCAACAUGGGUGUAUCCAGGGAGGAUGUGACCUUUGAGGACCAUCCACUCAACCCUAACCCCGACAGCCGAUGGAACACGUACUUCAAGGACAACGAGGUGCUGCUGCAGAUCGACAAAGAUGUUCGAAGGCUGUGCCCAGACAUAUCCUUCUUCCAGAGGGCCACCGAGUACCCCUGCCUCCUCAUCCUGGAUCCGCAGAAUGAGUUCGAGACCCUUCGUAAGCGGGUGGAACAGACGACACUGAAAUCCCAGACGGUGGCCCGGAACCGGAGCGGGGUCACAAAUAUGAGUUCCCCGCACAAGAACGCGGCGCCCUCAUCCGUGAACGAGUAUCAGGUGCUGCCCAACGGCUGUGAGGCCCACUGGGAGGUGGUGGAGCGGAUUCUGUUCAUCUACGCCAAGCUCAACCCUGGCAUCGCUUACGUGCAGGGCAUGAAUGAGAUCGUGGGGCCCCUGUACUACACCUUUGCCACCGACCCCAACAGCGAGUGGAAGGAGCACGCUGAGGCGGACACCUUUUUCUGCUUCACCAACCUCAUGGCUGAGAUCCGGGAUAACUUCAUCAAGAGCCUUGACGACUCACAGUGUGGCAUCACCUACAAGAUGGAAAAGGUGUACUCCACCCUGAAGGAUAAGGACAUGGAGCUCUACCUGAAACUGCAAGAGCAGAAUAUCAAGCCCCAGUUCUUCGCCUUCCGCUGGCUGACGCUGCUGCUGUCCCAGGAGUUCUUGCUGCCUGAUGUCAUCCGGAUCUGGGACUCCCUGUUUGCCGACAACAGCCGCUUUGAUUUCCUCCUUCUGGUCUGCUGCGCCAUGCUCAUACUGAUCCGCGAGCACUUGCUGGAAGGGGACUUUACGGUAAACAUGCGGCUCCUGCAGGAUUACCCCAUCACAGACGUCUGCCAGAUCCUACAGAAAGCCAAGGAACUCCAAGACUCCCAGUAGCCUGGCAGCAAGAGGCCCAGGUUUGGGAGAGAAGCCACCGCCGACCCCUGUGCCCUGGCUUCUGGGACGUGCAGGAGGCCGUGGGGUCCCAGCCAGCGGGGCCGCUGCAGGAUCAGCCCGCUCCAGGCCUCUCACCCUGGUCGCUCCCACCGGGGGCUGGCUGGGCCCUGCUCUUCCCAACCACCGAGCCCUGGCUCCUCCCCCCACUCCACCCCUUCAACCCUGGACCCUUGACCCAGGCUGCUGAGCAGGGCAGGAGUUUGUGAGGUGGUGUCCUGGGGCUGGGGCAGAUGUGGGCCCUGCGGGCAGGCAGGGGCCCCUCCCUGCCUCUGCUCUGCUUCUCUCUUCCUGCUCUGUCUUCUGGGCGCUGGUCAGGGAGGUGCUUGGCAAAUGAGCCAGAAACCACUUCUGGAGGUUGGUGCUUGGCUUCCUCCACAGGGAAGGUGACACCGUGAAGGAGCUAAGAGGCUGCCAGGCCCAGGUCUCACCCUCUGUCUCUUUCCCACAGAGAGAGAGAGAGAGAGAGAGAGAGAGAGUGUGUGUGUCUGUGUG